GAGUCUGCAACGCACUUCAAAACAAGCCAUCAUUAGGAUAUAAUAUGAAGAAAAUGUACCUGAUUCUUCUUUUGAUUCUGUGUGAUAUUUUGCAGUGUUCGGGAGUCCACAGACCAUCUUCACAACUUUUGCUGCGUCAAAAAAGAAACUGGAUCAUUGACUCCUUUACUAUUGAUGAAGGCUAUCAGGGACCUUUCCCAUAUCCACUGGGCAAAAUUGACAUCGAGAAGGACCUCGUCCUUUUUAAGAUACAUGGUCAAGGUGUUGAUUUGGAACCCAAAAAUGUGUUGGAAAUCAAUGAAUAUACAGGUGAGAUAACCGUCCUCCGUCCCGUGGACAGUGAAGAAUAUUCUACUCUUAAGCUGACGUUUCAGGCACUUGACAGACAAAAUCAUGAAAUAGACACGCAGCUCGGGAUUCAUAUACAGAUUGUGGAUUCAAACAACAACCCUCCAAUAUUUAAACUUGAAAAGUACAAUAUCAGCAUAAAAGAGUCAACAUUACAGGGCACUGCUGUGGUUACCAUUGAAGCAACAGAUAAAGACAGAAGUGAGAAAAAUAACAAAUGUUCCCUAAAAAUAAUUUCAGUCACACCUACACCUAAAGAUCUCGAGUUCUACUUAGAACAGAUCCAUGAGCAAGGAAUUGGAACAAUUUCUUUUAAAGGAUGUCUGGACCAUGAGACAGCACAGAAAUACACCAUUAUAGUGGAGGCCAAAGACAAUGGAAAAAAAACGCUCUCCAGCUCCUGCACCAUCACAAUCAAUAUAGAAGAUGGAAAUAAUCACCUUCCUGUGAUCACACAACAAAUAGGCCCAGAAAAAGUGAAAGAAGGACAGAUUAAUGUUCUUGUUUCACGUAUACAAGUUAAUGACGAAGACACCAGAGGAACCCCAGCCUGGAGAGCCAAAUAUACAAUCCAAGGAGAUACAGACAACAACUUCAGAAUAACUACCGAUCCUGAGACAAACGAGGGACUAGUGUAUGUGGAAAAGCCACUAAACUAUGAAGAUGCUAAAAUGAAGAACAUAACUAUCACUGUAGAGAAUGAGAUUCCUUAUUAUUCAUGCAAAGUGGAAAGACGCAGCACCACCGGUCUUUGGAAAGUAGUUACCAAAUCUGGUUCCACUGCUACUAGGACCACUGUUAGCGGUGUGACUGAAACAGAACUGGCAACAGGUGCAUCCAGCCAUCAAGUGAUUGUUACUGUGGAGGAUGUCAAUGAGCCGCCGGUCUUUGACAAGCCUUCAAAAGAAGUUGUGGUGACUGAGAACUUUGGGGUGGGUAAAUAUCUGGAGACAUUCACAGCUAAAGAUCCUGAUGUUACUACUACAAACACAUUUAAAUACACGAUAGGACACGAUCCAGCUGGUUGGAUUACAGUGGACCCUGACACUGGAAACGUAACCACAUCAAAGGUCUUGGACCGAGAGUCAGAAUUUGUUAAAGACAACAUUUAUGUAGUCACAAUAUGUGCUGUUGAUGAUGGCAUUCCAAAGAUGACAAGCACUGCAACCCUUAGCAUUCAUGUCAGAGAUGAGAAUGAUCACGCUCCAUCCCUAGUCCUAAGCAUAAUUGAAAUGUGCCAAUCUGAUGACCACUCAUUUGCCAACAUCACAGCAUUAGAUUCAGAUGAUGAGCCCUACGGUGGCCCUUUCACUUUCAAGCUCCUCGGAGAUGUUGCGGGCAAGUGGAAGGUUGACCCUGUCGUAGGUUAUUCAGUCAACCUGGUUAAAGAGCAAACAGUUUAUUCUGAAAACCACAAGUUGUUGCUGGAAGUUUCUGACAAACAAGGGAAUACAGCUGUCCACAGCCUGUCAGUUACUGUGUGUAGCUGUGUGGACCCAAAAACCCCUAAUUGUCACUUGAGGAAAUCUAGUGUCACAUUAGGAGCGGGAGCAGUGGGGAUUCUUUUGUUAAGCAUGCGGCUCAUUGCAGAUUUGCUCCUUUUGGCUCUUCUGUUGUCCUGCAAAAAAGAGACUGUGGAAAUCCCAGAUUAUUAUUGUCCUGGACAACAACUGAAGACAUUUAACACUGACAAUCCAGGAAAAGACUGCCCAGUGGCCACUGUGAUGCAGAACCAGAACCAGAUGCAAGAAACAGCACAAGUUAAAACUGUCACAAUGAGUCCACUGAUAAAUGAAGCAGUACGAGAAGGAUCAGAAGCCAACUCAUUCAUCUCAGAGUCCCAAAGGGAAGGCUCAAUGGCAUGA